AUGCUGUGGGUGAUGGCAGCGUCACGCACCAGGGUACUCCAGCCACACAUGAAACAUGGAGCUACAUGGGCUGCGACGCGCACACUCCUCGCCGAGGCGGACUCCCUCGCCACCCUAGCACACCAGCUCCUGCCCCUCACGAACUAUGCGCACCUCAUUAUCUCAGACUACUGGGAGCUUCGAGAUGACCACGGGCGCAACGGCCCCAUGGCUGGGCGCAGUCUACGGCCGGAGAGAUUGGCCCAAGGCUCAAGCCGGAAACCGGACACCCGCCAUACCAUCCAGCCCCUCCGCAUCCCCACAGGGGACAUUUGUAAAUGGGACCUCCCUGCGCUCAAUUUCUACUGGCGUGCCAUCUGCUACACCUUACACACCAACGCCCGCAAACACCGUAUAUACCCAAGCUGGGAGCCACACUGUCGCACAUGCCCCGCUUCCCUCGACACGCAGGAACACCGUUUCGGCCUCUCACCCCCUAUAUGCCCAAUGUCGGUCCCACUCUCCCAACAAAUUCUCCUCGCCACACAAGCGCACAGAAACCGCACACAUCCUGCCAGGACCGAAACGUCCGCAAUGGAAAAGCCGUGGCGGCAACCCCUCCCCCAACACGGGCACCUGCAUGAUUCCCCUUACCGCGCAACGCUGUGUCCAUACCCUUCACAUGCAACACCUACUGCCCCCCCCAACCCGAAUCUCUCAUGCUCGCUGCCUCCCAACUAUCCUGAGAAUCUCACCAGUGCCCCAAGCCGGGUCUCCUACUACCGCGCUGGCUCUACCACACAGCUCUACGAUCCACCCCCCUCCUUGCACCACGCGACUUCUAGUUUGGUCAAUGGAUGGGCGGCCCCAAUGGCGCUACAUUUCAAGGUCCACUUGGACGCUCCCCCCACUGCAUUAUCCCCCGUCCCCCGACUAACCACCACUGGUGGAUCGAUGCCACUCACAACCCCUACCCCUCCACCAGGUGGCGCCUGCUUACCACGGCAAUAUGUGACGCUACCGCUCACCACACGCCGGCCACCUACUGGUUUGUCGUUCCCGAAGGCUCGCGCGGCCAUAAAACGGCUGAGCAGCUCCAAACAACAUGGCUUCUCACCAUACCCCCGCGCCAGCUCUCACUUCGCCACACCUCCUCCAUCCACCACGCCUCCACCCCCCACUGGGGAAAACUCUCUACUGGCAACCCCACUCCUCUCCACAUCGGAUUCUUCACCACUGGCAACACACUCGAGCUCCUCACCUCUCCCAGCUGCCUCCCCCCACCACUCUCCUCAGCUCGGAGGAAACUCACAAGGCCGAUGCCCCACGACUCUCACUACCUCCACGCACUGCUUGCACUGGGCCCAGACCUCCAUUCCUGACUACGACCCAUAUGCCCUCGAAUCCCGCGCUUUCCUAGAGGCUACGUACCCUACUAUCUAUCACGCUACCCCAGGCUGGACAACCUUCCCAACCAUGACUCACUCCACACAAACCUGGGCAGCUUCAAUUACCCAUCUCCGCGCUCCGCUUUUCCAUACCCAAUGGUUCGUGGCGCAUUGGGCUGUCCUCCGCCGACAUUGGCAAACUACAUACGCUACUAACGUGGACCACAUACGCACCACAGGGGAACUACCCCUCCUCACUGCUAACAACACCAUCCGGCUUAAACACCGCUACCAUGAUGCCGCCCCCAUGGGCCACGACCGACGUAUCCGUGCCCGCAGAGCCCACCUCACAGCCAAGACGCUGCAAUGGCACUCCCGUAGAACUUCCUUACUACAACCCGCCAUCCCUCCUCCCAUCGGCUACGCCGACCCGACCCUGCGGCCACCGCGACUCCCCCCGGACCCCGGAUUACCACCUCCCGCGAUAUAA